GGCGCCAAUCGGAUUCGGGUCUUGGACUCAGUCGGCUAAUCUCUUCUGGGGGGGUUUUUGGUCGUCUUCUAGGGUUUUACCAGCACAUAGCCGUACUUCCAAGCUCCAUCCUCACGAAACUCAUCAAUAUAGUCAAAAGGGUCGAAAUAAUACCCUCAGAAUCUCUCCCCUAUGUUCUUUAUAUGCUGCAUUUUGCGUUUCUUGGUAUUAUAUACUGGAAAUGUUAUGGAUAUGGUUCUCCACUGGAAGAGUUGCUUCACGUCGAAUGCUCAAAAUGGAAUCUUUAGCCUCAUUCCAAUGUCUAUGCUCACAAAUUCAAUACUUUGCUCAUGACCCACAAGGUUCUUUUUCCCCUAGAUAUUACCAGAAGUUUCCAGAUAGUUCCAACAUUUCUGAUGACCCACAAAGUUAUUUUUCCUCAAGAAUCAUCCUUACCCCUAGAGUUGUACAUAAAACUAUAUCAAAUUGCCGUUCUGACAUUCUUGCAUUUUCUUUUUUCUUAUGGUGUGCAAAACAACAUAAUUACUUUCAUGACAGGGCCACAUUGACCCAUAUGAUUGGUAUUGUUUCUCGGUUGACGCAGAGGUUUAGAACAGUGAAAGGGAUAGUUAAGGAAUUGGAGGAGGUUGGUUGUGUAAUAAAGCCACAAACUUUGAUGUUUUUGUUGAGAAUUUAUUGGUUUGGUGGAAUGUAUGAUAGGGUUUUCGAGACGUUUGAGGAAAUAUUGGGUUGUGGUUAUACUCCAAAUACUUUCUCUAGGAACAUCGUAAUGGAUGUAUUGUUCAAGAUUGAGCGUGUCGAAGUGGCACUUAGAGUUUUGAAAGAAACCCAGGUUCCAAAUUUUUUAACUUAUAGCAUUGCUGUGUGUAACUUGUGUAAGCUCAAUGAUUUGGUUAAUCUUCAGGAUGUGCUUAAUAUUAUGUUGAGGAAAAGCUAUUAUCCUAACGAGGAGACAUUUUCUGUGAUUUUGAGUUGUUACUGUAAAGGAGGUCGGAUAGCAGAGGCAAAACAAAUAUUAGGUCUAAUGAUAGUUUUGGGUGUUCCUGUAUCCGAUAGAGUUUGGGGUAUAUUAAUAGACGGAUACUGUAAAGCUGGCAACAUGGAUGCUGCGACUCACCUGCUUGAGAAGAUGAUAGAGAGUGGGUAUUCAGCAAAUGUUGUUACUUGCACGUCGUUGAUCAAGGGAUUUUUUGAGUCCCAGAUGCCAAGCAAGGCAUUUGGGAUCUUGGAUACCAUGGAAUCAAGAGGAUGCUUCCCUGAUUUGGUUCUUUGUAACGUGUUAAUAGAUAGCCUCUCUAAAAUGGGGAGGUAUGAAGAUGCAAUUAAUGCUUUCUUCCUUUUGCGGGAGCAAGGACUAACACCCGAUUCUUAUACUCUUUGUUCUUUGAUUACAACUGUCUGUCUCUCUAAGCAAUAUGUUGAAUUACCUCUGCUCAUAACUGGCUUCGAGAUCCAACCUGAUUUAGUUGCAUGUAACUCUUUCCUUAGCUAUUUCUGCAAAGCUGGUUAUCCUGCUGGUGCUAUUGAAUUUUACAAUGACAUGAUAGAUAGAGGUUUCGUAGCAGAUAAGUAUACCUUUGCCGGAUUACUGACUGGAUUAUGCAGGUCAAGUAGGACAGGAGAGGCAGUCAAGGUGUACCAUGGACUUGUUAGAAGUCACGUUGGGCUUGAUUCUCAUAUAAAUACGGUGAUAAUAAAUGGGCUAAUAAAAUCUGGUAAAUUUCACAAAGCUGUUAGCUUAAUCAAGAAAGCUGCUUCAGAGAAGUCCCAACUAGAUGAUGUUUCUUACACUAUUGCUAUUAGUGGACUACUUACUGGUGGUCAAGUUGGAGAAGCAUAUGCCUUGUUCCGCCAAAUGAAGGAGGUUGGUCUAGUGCCAAGUAAACAGACCUAUAAUCAGAUUCUCUCAGGUUUUUGUAAAAGAAGUGAUGUUUGCAUGGUUAAAGAUAUCCUACUUCAAAUGGUUGAUGCUAGAAUUGAAGUUGACCAUUUUAAUCUGAGGUUGAUGAAAAAUCUCCUGUAUAGAUACCACCGCCAUUCUGCUUCAUUCUUAACUCUAUUAACUAACAUUUCAAAUUCCGGAAUCCUUCCAAAGGAAGCAUACAAUGAAAUGAUCAAUGAGCUGGUUCAUCAUGUAAAUGUUAGAAAUGUGCAUGCGGGCACGUUUAAUAACCUUGAUGUUGGCACAUCCAGCUCUGAUGAAACCCAGGAGUUGGCUGUUGCAGUUGGUUGAGAUGUCUUGAUUUGGCAGUUUAUUCUAUGUAUAGCAAAAUGCACCACUUCAGUUCAUCAAGAAUCAGAGCUUACUGUCUGGGAAUAUCUAAGAUGAUGAGUGAUCUAAGAAUGAUGAUUCCGUAAAGUGACAGGUAUCUGGUGGAAAGCACCAGAGAUAUGACUUACGAGUGUAAAGCUGGAUUAGGUCACUAGGCGGAUGCUUCUUUUGUCUUCCUGGAGGAGGAUAUCGAACCAUGGAAGAGUUCCUGGAAGUGAUAAUAAAGGAAGAGGAAUCCUCAAAAUAUGGCUGGUUUUGCUAAUUGCUGAGUGAUAAUAUAGUACCUUGCUUGUGUUAUUUGUAAAAUGGUGUUAAAGAAGAUUUCACGUAGCCUGUGGCUCGGCCUGAUUGUUCUUGCUGCUCUGACAGCCAGAGAUUAUGAGCAAGAUGGAGCAAUACACUCUUCAGAAGAUGGCGUUGUUGCUCCCCGUGAAAGCUGGUAUAUGGAAGUACUGGCUUAUCCAACCGGGAUUGUACCAGAUAUAUAACACAUGUCCUGCUAGGCCUAUCUCCCUAGCAUUGUUAUUAAAAGCCAUCGCUUCAUCGCUUAAAGCAAGAGCAAUACCAAGUGUGGGAUUACCACUUCACAGGUGACGCCAUGCACUUCAUAAAAAUAUGUGCUUCAAUGCAUGACACACAAUCUAAUCCCAACGAGAAACGACAUGUUCUUUGAAUCUCAACUUUGUGAUCUGGAUUAAUAUCAGCAUUAGUGUAUAUUGAAUACUGAAAUUAGUUAUUGCAAAUUGCAAUUUGAUUAGUAGAGUACUUAAUCAAUUCAUGUUUGCCACUUUUUUGUCGUGGAUUGUGCGCUUCACUUCCCGCUUUUCGCAUCAAGCCCUAGGAACCUUGUGGCUUUUUGCGCUUUUUUGCUUUUAUUAAUACUGCUCCCUGGUAUAAUCCUCAUGUGAUUAAUCAGCAUUUGUACUUUUGGAUGAGAAAUUCACUGUCUCUUCAUGUCA